ACAAACGGUGGCAAGGGGGAAAUGAAUAGAACUCAAGGGGUGGAGCCUCUGUCCUUGUACUAGAAACUACAAUCCUUUAAUGCGCCUGCGAGGCUCCCACGCCCUAGAAAAGGUUCCUAUCGAUUUGCUCUGUGCUCCGCAGCUCUUUCUGGUUGCAGGCAGCCAUCUUGCCUGGAGCUUGAGACAGGAGCAGAGAAGGAACCGGUGGACACCGGGCUCUGGGCCGCCCCGGGGGCCUCAAGAGCCAGGGGCAGCCCCGGAGGUGGUCCUGGGUCCUAGGCUAUGCUCUAGGACCAGAAAAGGGGAGGCAGAGGCAGAGGGCUUGAUGGGUGGGGAAUGUCAAACAAGACUUGCUAGGUGGGGGAGGGGCGUUGCUAAGGCAACUGGGGAGGGCGGGGUCAUGUCUGAAUUGCUGCUGUGAGUCACCAAGAGUGCUGCCCAGGAAAGGCAGGGCUGGGGUGAUGACCAUGCUAGCGACCCAGUGGGAUUUCGCGACAUCACCUGUGUGGAGGGACUUCGUGUCUAUGGCAACUGUCACCUGGUGGAAGGGGCGGAACUAGAUUUCCUCUGCCUGGGACGCCGGCGUUCCAAGCCCUUGCCCUGCAGGCUUCCGCAGGCAGACGCGCCAUAGAAGGAAGCCAGGGAAUGGCCGCGGUGUGGCAGCAAGUCUUAGCAGUGGACGCGAGGUACAACGCCUACCGCACACCAACGUUUCCACAGUUUCGGACCCAGUAUAUUCGCCGGCGCAGCCAGCUGCUGCGGGAGAAUGCCAAGGCUGGGCACCCCCCAGCACUGCGUCGGCAGUACCUGAGGCUACGGGGCCAGCUAUUGGGCCAGCGCUACGGGCCACUCUCUGAGCCAGGCAGUGCCCGUGCCUAUAGCAACAGCAUUGUCCGCAGCAGCCGCACUACCCUUGACCGAAUGGAGGACUUUGAAGACGAUCCUCGAGCCCUGGGGGCCCGAGGACACCGCCGUUCUGUCAGCCGAGGUUCCUACCAGCUGCAGGCACAAAUGAACCGGGCAGUCUAUGAGGACAGGCCUCCCGGCAGUGUGGUACCCACAUCGGUGGCAGAGGCAAGCCGGGCCAUGGCUGGGGACACAUCGCUGAGUGAAAACUAUGCCUUUGCAGGCAUGUACCAUGUUUUUGACCAGCACGUGGAUGAGGCAGUACCAAGGGUGCGCUUCGCCAAUGACGACCGGCACCGCCUGGCCUGCUGCUCACUGGAUGGCAGCAUCUCCCUGUGCCAGCUGGUGCCUGCCCCACCCACUGUGCUUCAUGUGCUACGGGGCCACACGCGUGGCGUCUCCGACUUCGCCUGGUCCCUCUCCAAUGACAUCCUCGUGUCCACCUCCCUCGAUGCCACCAUGCGCAUCUGGGCCUCCGAGGACGGCCGCUGCAUCCGUGAGAUCCCUGACCCUGAUGGCGCUGAACUGCUGUGCUGCACCUUCCAGCCCGUCAACAACAACCUCACUGUGGUGGGGAAUGCCAAGCACAAUGUGCAUGUCAUGAACAUCUCCACAGGCAAGAAAGUGAAGGGUGGCUCCAGCAAGCUGACAGGCCGUGUCCUUGCCCUGUCCUUUGAUGCCCCUGGCCGGCUUCUCUGGGCAGGUGAUGACCGUGGCAGCAUCUUCUCCUUUCUCUUUGACAUGGCCACAGGGAAGCUGACCAAAGCCAAGCGACUAGUAGUGCAUGAGGGCAGCCCUGUAACCAGCAUCUCCGCCCGAUCCUGGGUCAGUCGUGAAGCACGGGACCCCUCACUGCUCAUCAAUGCCUGCCUCAACAAACUGCUGCUCUACAGAGUGGUGGACAACGAAGGGACGCUGCAACUGAAGAGAAGCUUCCCCAUUGAGCAGAGCUCACAUCCUGUGCGCAGUAUCUUCUGCCCUCUCAUGUCAUUCCGCCAGGGGGCCUGUGUGGUGACAGGCAGUGAGGAUAUGUGUGUUCACUUCUUUGAUGUGGAGCGGGCAGCCAAGGCUGCUGUCAACAAGCUGCAGGGCCAUAGUGCGCCUGUGCUUGAUGUCAGCUUCAACUGCGACGAGAGCCUGCUGGCCUCCAGUGACGCCAGUGGCAUGGUCAUCGUCUGGAGACGAGAGCAAAAGUAGGGCUCUGCCAGCCCUACACUGCCCACUGUUCCCUUCUCUCACUCCAGUCUUGUGUUGUAAAUAAAAUUUCUGUGAUUAUGUUGAGGGGCAACUCCAAGGUCUGCCACAAGGAGGCACUAGGGAGCACUGAGACCUCCAGUGGAAAGGGGACCACUUCCUCAAUUGUGCAGUAAUGUGUUCAUCCAUUUGACCAGCACUGAGUAUCUGCUGUGAUGUAUCAUGUAGCCGCAGACAGGAAUGAGAGCACCAACUGUGUUGUCAGGAACUAUUCUGUAAAAGAGGGAUACUGCUGUGGCCUCAGCCAACAGAAAUUCCUGCCCCUGUGUGCUUGCAUAACAGGGGAGGAGAGCAAAGUUAGAUGAAGUACAGCCAUUCCUUGGAGUAUAAUUUGUUUUAUCGUUUUUCAACUUUUUGACCCUAUAGUGCUACAGAACCACACGCAUACACCCAGUCUUGUUUUUCCCCUUUCAGUAUGGUGUUCAGUAACUUACAUUGAGCUAGUCAACAUUUUGUUCUAAAAUAGACUUUGCAUUAGGUAAGUUUGCCUACCUGUAGAAUAAUGUCAGUGUUCUGAGCACAUUUAAGGUAGGUGGGGCUAAGCUAGGGUGUUUGGUAGGUUAGGUACAUUAAUGCGUUUUCAAUAUGAUAGUUCAAGUUAAGGCAGAUUGGUUGGGGUAUAGGCCUAUCUAAUCGAAAAGCAUCUGUAUAUUAUAGGAUAGUUAAAGAUGAGUGGUGUGAAGAAAAACGGAGGAAAGGAGAUGAGGAUACAGGAAUGGGGAAGAGGGAUGGCAGCUUCUUUGGGCAAUGUCAUGAGAAAAAGUGUUCCUGACAGGGUGACAUUUUAAAGAUCUGAAUGAAAUGAGGGAAGUUGUGGUUUGGGGAUAGAAAGACAUCCUCAACAGAAAGGAAAGUGAGUGCAGAGGCACUAAGACUGGAGUGUGUCAGAGGAUGACCAGGCUGAGUGUGACAGGUGACAUUAGAAAGGUCUCUAGCGCCUCUUGGGCCGUGGUGAAGAGCUUGGCUUUUCUUGAGCAGGGGGACUGGGGUGUGGGAUCAGACAGCAACAGGGAAAUUAGGGAGCAAUGCUGAGUUCAACCCCAGAGGUUUCAUCAGAUUAGGUGUAAAACUCCCCAACUUGACAGCUUCUGUCUGGAUAGACGUCGCACUUAUCUCUGCAUUGAGUUGUAGUUCCCAAACAGGGAGCAGAAGCGUUGAGUUCUUGGAGUUCCAGAUUGGCGUGCAGGCAGCCAUGGACUUGUGCCAAAUUACAGUUCCUGCUAUGGGGAGGAACAAAUAGGAAAUUUGUAAGCUCACCCCCCCAUCUUCUCCCAUGUCCAUCCAGGGCCCUAAUUUAAGCCUUGGACCAAAUACUAUUGUUCGUCACUGGGUAUCGGCAAGGAAAUAAGUUUCAAAAUCAUUGUCAGUAGUUAGAGUCAUGAAGACAUUUCAAUUUGAAGAAUCACCGGGGCCCUUAUGGCUAAUCCCAUGGACCCAUAUGCUGCUACAUUUGCAUCAGUUGGAACUUCAGCUGACAUUGUGGGACGUCAGAGUCAGCAACCUCGUAGCACAGUGUCGCUGAGCUGUGGCAGUAACAGCAGCUCUUUGGUGGGAGAAGCUAAUUCUUUUUUGUUUAGUCUCCUUUAACAUUAUGAUAGCUUGUAGCCAAAAGCAUUUCUGGCUCCAUCAGACAGAUUGUAGGCAAAUAGUUAGGAGAUAAGGUGCUGCACUGGUCACGUUGUCAAAAUCAUGGAUAUGUGCCAACAUUCCUAAUCCAGCUUCAGUGUCGAUGAUUUCCUAUGAGGACUGUGACAGUACACCUGAAAGAUACAGGGCAGGGUACCAGACACCAAGUAGAUGCUAAUUUUUCAAGAGACCCUCCCAAGGUUAGCAGUUCAGAGCUGUGCGUUAACUGUACCAAAUAGAUAUACGGUUUCAACCAAGGCCUGUAGGUAGCAAGAUAAUUUGGGGAAAUACCACUUUUCUCUAACUUCCUUCUUUUCUUCAUGCUCUCUGUUUUCUUUAAUGAGUCUGAUUCUAGGAUGAUUGAUGAUGAAUAUUGUUUGCAUGAUUUGGGGGGGUUUCCUCCUUGUAAAAUUUUUGAGGUGGCAGAGUUGAAAGUCUACUUUAAAUUUAUCUUGGUGACACUUUUGACUUACAACCUAAAAGAAACUAAACACUGAGCAAACAAGAAAGAAUAAAAACGAACGUUAUUGGUCAAA